GCAACUGGAGACGGCGUUUUCCCAACGCGCAUUGCCGAAUGUCACUAGCGCCACUAGCGCAAUCAGUCAGGCAAGCCUUGUUGUUUCUAGGCUCGAAAUCUUGGAAGUGACCUCGACUAAUACUUCGAACAACGCAUCAAAUACGUGCAAACAAAGGCUUCAAGGGUAGACGCGGAUUCCAAAUACUUGGACAAUGCGCUGAAAACGGAGUACGAGAAGUUAUAUACCCGGUUGGGCUCAUUCUCACACAGAGAUUCACCUUCUGAUCCUUUACUAACACGUUCUGGCAUCAAAGGGAGUGGGUUAUAUCGGCCCCAGCAAAGGUCAUCCGCGACGAUGGCAUCAUCUAGCUCGGACGAGGGGGAGAUAAGAGACACGGGAUUAGACAAGGCAACUACGUCGCCGCAGAUGAAAGACACUUCAGUUGACCGUCAACACAGAAUACGAUCUAGAUACUCGCCUUCUCCGUCUCUGUCAAUCGAAGAUAGCGUUGUUUCCGCCCUGCGGCGCUCAUCAGAGAGGCGCUUAUCACCAAGGGGCUCAAAGCGAAAUCGGGAUGACGACCACUACUCUCGCAGUCACAGAGACUCUCGACGACUCAAGAGUCAUAACGAAGACCGCCCGACUCAACGGCGUGGCCAGCACUCCUACGAAGAUCUGGACAGGGAAUGCGCCGCACCAGCUGGUCUUCGAUACGAUGAUGGCGACAGGAACCGUGACAGGCGCUCGCGUACUCGGACACGCAGCCGUUCUCCUUAUAGAGCCUCUCGCGAAACCGAAUCUCGAGGCAGUUAUAAUACGAAAUCACAGCGUGACAACUACAGCGGCAGUAGGAGCGAUUUGCCUGACAGGCCAAGGAUGAAUGGAUAUGGAAGUCAUCGACGCCAGGGUUCAAGAGACCAGUCAGUGAGCAAAAGGGCCGAUGGGCGGAUGCCAACUGACCUUUCAAAUGGAGAGGCUAAAUUUGUUCAAGGAUACUCACAGAAGCGUGGUGAUAGCUAUAAGGGCGAGCGUGAUAUUGAAAGAUCCCACCCCCCUGUGGAAGAACCACCAUCUGACACAGAGCCUCUUGAUGAAGCAGCAUUGAUUGAACAGCGACGGAAACGCCGUGAGGCGAUCAAAGCGAAGUAUAGAGGGUCAGCUACGGCUACGCCUUUAAUGGUGCAGGCUUUACAGAUAGGAGACCGAGCAACGCCAGAAACACGCAGCCAGAGUGAACAGGACGGCGAUGAUCAGCCUACAAGGAAUGCUUCUCCAGACGUUGCUACUCCUUCAACACCCAAGGAAAUCCAGGAUCCAAGCGCAUUCACAGCCCUGAAUGAUCAAGAGCUAGCCAAUGAAGCCGGAGUGAGAGCUAACCCAGAGGAUAGCCCUUCUGCAGCGGACUACGACCCAACAAUGGAUAUGAAAGAGGACAGAUUCCGGGACGACAAACGCCACACUGGAGAUACCGGAGACGUUCCGUCAUCUGCGUACGACGAGACAAAGCCCACCACUGAACAGGAGGUUUUACUUCCAGCAUCCGAGGUCGAAGAAAAGCCCCAAAAAUCAAAGGACGACUUUGACAUGUUUGCGGACGACGACGACGAUGAUAUGUUUGCCGAGGAGCCGGAAACAACAGCUGGGACAACACGUAAAACUGGAGACUCGGCCGUCGCCGUCCCAAUACCGGAAGCAAAGGUUUUGAAUGUCGGGAUGCUGGAUAAUUGGGAUGACGCCGAAGGAUACUACAAGGUGAUAUUGGGUGAACUCCUUGAUGGAAAGUACCAUGUCCAGGCCAAUCUCGGAAAGGGUAUGUUUUCUGGUGUUGUGAGAGCUACCGAUAUCACAACGAAGAGGCUGGUGGCGGUCAAGAUGAUCCGCGCAAAUGAGACCAUGAGAAAGGCGGGCAUGAAGGAGAUUGAGAUCCUUCAGAAGUUGAUGAGUGCAGAUGUUGACGAUAAGAAGCACAUGAUUCGACUGGAACGCCACUUCGAGCACAAGGGCCAUCUCUGCAUGGUUUUUGAGCAUCUCAGCAUCAACUUACGCGAGGUGUUGAAGAAGUUUGGACGCGAUGUUGGCAUCAACAUCCGUGCUGUGCGCGUCUAUGCCCAGCAGAUGUUCCUUGGACUGACACUCAUGCGCAAAUGCAAUAUCCUUCACGCCGAUCUGAAACCCGACAAUAUUCUGGUCAAUGAAAACCGGAGCAUGCUCAAGAUUUGCGAUUUGGGAUCUGCCUCGGAUGCCUCUGACAACGAAAUCACACCUUACCUUGUAUCACGCUUCUACCGUGCUCCUGAGGUCAUUCUAGGGAUGCCAUACGACUUCGCCAUCGACAUAUGGUCUGUUGGCUGCACGUUGUAUGAGCUGUAUACCGGCAAAAUCCUUUUUGUGGGCCGGUCUAAUAACCAGAUGCUGCGGUCUAUCAUGGAAUGCCGUGGCAAAUUCACAACGAAGAUGCUGAGGAAAGCUCAGUUUGCUCACAUGCAUUUCGACGAGCAGACAAACUUUCUGAGCGUGGAGCAGGACAAGCUGAGCGGAAGGGACACAGUCAAGACGCUUCCCUUCGCAAAGCCCACGAGGGAUCUGAGAACGAGACUUGCGACGGGUGCCAAGGGAUUACCGGACGAUGAGAUGAAGGAGUUGAACCUGUUCAUCGACUUAUUGGAUAAAUGCCUGGCACUGAAUCCCGAGAGGAGAUGCACACCAGCAGAGGCGCUGAAGCAUCCCUUCCUUAAUAGGCCAGUUGGUAGAUAGAUGAGAACUGGUUCGGAGAGAACCAUGGCGCACUCGGAGCUGAUUCCAGGGUGGGUAAAUAUGGGAUUGUACUCCAUAAAAGAAACAAAUAUACGGGAUGCUCUACA